GUGGUCAUUGAUCGCAAGCCAAUUGCCAGGACGAACAGAUAACGAAAUAAAAAAUUACUGGAACUCUCAUCUUAGCCGGAGAAUGUACAGUUUCAGGUUCAUCAGAAGCGGGCCCACCCCGGCGGUGGCCGAUGACGUCGCCUCCAAAACGCCCUCUUCGCGGCGGAGAAGAGGCGGGCGUGUCAGCCGAUCCCUCGCUAAAAAAUACAACACCGCGUCCUUCCACGUCGCCACCUCCUCUUUCCGAAAUAAAUGCAACCCGUCAGAACUUCACGGGUCCCGUGGAGAACCCGGCCCCACCGAGCGCCCUUUGGGCCCCACCACCGCCAAGGGACCAGAUGAAAACAAGGCCCCGCCGGUGGGCCCGCGCGGUGAACUAUUUGACAGCGAAAUAACGCCUUGCGAGGUCGCAGGCGGGGUUUUAUUAGCAGUAAAUGCCGAGGCAGGAGACGGUUGCGGUAGUGGUCCGGCCGGCGGAGGGUACGGCGGAGACGGCGGCGAGUGUAAUGGAACCGCCGUAUUUCACGACGAGGAAGAAUGGGUUAGCUGGAUUUUGGACGAUGAUGACGUUGUUGAUGCGAUCGAAGGAUACGAUGAAAUCUGGGAUGGGUUUAAUGACAUGCUGCUAUGGAAGUGGGACGAUAAUGAGAAUGAUAAAAUUAUGAUUGACAGUGAAAAUACAAUUAGCUAAUUACAAUUUACCUUUAUUAUGAUUUAUUUGCUAUGAUUAUGCUAAUUACAUUCAUGAAAAUAAGUAGGAGGGUAUUUUGGAUUUGUUGUUUUUACAUGAUGAUGACAUCAACGGCUGAAUGUGAUGAUGAUCAUUGAGUGGGGUGGGGCAAAGAUGUCAACUGCCAACAAGUGCAUAUUACUACUGCUAUUUAUUACUGUGUUUGAAUAAAUGCUGAUUAUGGCACAAUUGGUCAUUAAAGGAAGUCGUUAUGCA